GUAAAUGGUGUUCUGCAUAUUGUAGAAACUAACACUAGUAACAGGACUGUGCAGGAUGGAGACUGAAGACUGUGAGAAGUAUACAGGGCUGAGAGUGGACAUUGAAUGCUUGCUUCAGCAAUUCUUGCACACACAGAAUGUACGAUUUCAAAUGUUUGCCGAAGAGUGGCGAAAGCUGAACUUCACAUUCAUUCAUUAUGGCAUAGAAAGGGCACAAGAAAGGAAAGAGGCCAUGCAGGAAGCCUAUAAAAUAGCCACAGAGUACCUGCUGCCUCCAUACGACCUGCAACACCGUGUUGGAGCUCUCUAUAUUCUCUAUGCUUUGUACGUGACACAGCCGUACAUACCAAAGUUUAAGAUCCGCAUCUCUGUGGACCAAUGGCAGAAAGUUGUAGCACUCAUGGAUACCUUACAAAGUCAGGGACAUCUUGACACCCUGUAUGUGUUCCACAAACUGACAAUGAGCAAGGCAUUCAUGUUUACCGCAAUUCCAAAAAAGAUGAUCUUCCAUGCCACCUACAUGGAUGGUAAAUCUGACCAGAAUUCUACAGAGCGCUGGCUUGAACGUCACAGACAUAGCCUUAUGACGGAGUGCUUUGAUGACAACACACUGGAGGUUCACCAUGGGCUACAUGAGCAGUACCAAAAGAUGAAAGUGAAUCUUGGUCUCCAUGACAACACCUCCUUGAUGGUGGUGCGGGAAUCCAUCACAGAAUAUAUCGUCAAGAGGUUUGAGAAGCUGGAAGCAGAUUUCGAGGCCGGCCGUGAAGUGCAUCAAACUACGGAUGCCACUGAUUCAGAAGAAACUGAAGAUAGGGGCUCAAAAAUAUCCCAGAUCAAAGCUCGCUCCUACUCUACAGCUGCAAAGCCCUCAAGAUCGCGACGUCACCGCCGACAAACAGGGCAGCUUCCCGCCAGCCCUGAUCCUCCAGCACCGAAGUCAAAGUUCACAAAGGGCAAACAUCGUCAAGGAUCAAAACCUAAGGAUUUGGGCACGGACAAAGAAACGUUGACCCAACUGAGCUCGAAAAGACGUGCACUGGCUUACAAGGAGGCCAGCCAAAAGGUGAAAAAGAUCAAAACCAUUAGAGCAGAGAUUUACCUGGGAGAGGACGCGACAGAGCCGUCACCAAAGAAGCCGCGCAAAGGAGGGAAAAGAUCCAGCAAUGACAAUCCUGAAGCGUCAACGUCAACUAAGUCGAGCUGUGUUAGAAAAGCUGCAGGAUCGUCACGUAGUAGUGGGACACAAAAGAAGGGGGUUACCAAACCAGCCAAGAAGCAAAAAAGGUCAGCAAAUGAGCCGAGACAGAAACCAAGUCCUGCUUCCGUGUCUCCGAAAAAGAAAGCAACAGCUUCCAGAAAAGCUUCCCAAAAACAGGGUACCCCUCGUAAAACCACAACCAAGGCAUCACCUCCCUUGGAUGCCUCUGAGAAACAUCCUCAAGAAACACCCCGAAAAAGGAGAAGAACUAGGUCAGACACUUCGGCCAGUCAGAAGGGAGAUGCUUCAGAAGACCUCACCCCAAAGAAAAGGCUCAGAGGGUCUGGGAAGACAGAGGCAGAAACUUCAAAAGAAAAGUUGGCCAAAGCAAACAAAACAGUUGACAGCAGUGAUGCAGGCUUACAAACCAGGUCCCAUCAGUAUCCAUCACCAUCUGGAGAUCACGGGUCACCCAAGCAAGACCUAGGGCAAAGCUCAAUUUCGUCACCGAGAGGUCUGCGAUCUGCCUCGGUAAGAGGCCGGGGUUCAGCAUCAGGGGUCAGAGGUAAAAGGUCGUCAUCUAGGGGUCACAGGUCACCACCUGAAGAUCAAAGGUCACCACCGAGAGAGCAGGGAGAGAUGCCAGAAGGUGGCAUGAGGUCACCAAGGUCCAACGUGAAAUUGAAAAUGCGUGGGGGUGGGAUUGGAGCGAAAACGAGAGGUGCGAGGCAAAAAUGCCCAUAAAUAAAACAAAGGAAGGUCAUUACUUCAUGUUUAUUACUGUGCAAACAACAAGUGUCACAUACUUAAUUACUGCCCUUGUGACUUGAAAUGUCUUGUGUAUUGACAAUUUGAAAUAAGUAGUAUAGGUCAAGAAGUGGUCGAAUUGCCAAAGAUGAAAACAAAAUUAACGGCAAUAUCAGGAACUAGAAAGCACUCAGAGCGCAAACCUCCUCCAAGGCUGAAUAAUUUCCUGCCAUAUUGUCGGUACACCCAAUGGAAUACUGGCAUAUCCAAGUGACUUCCAUCUUUUAUUGCACAUUCCCCACUAUCCAUAGUGUCAAAUGGUUCAGUCCGUUGACCUGUUGGUUUCAAUGGUGUGUGCCAUAUGCGCCCAUAGACUGUGCUGGAAUUUACUACCUUACGGAGACAUGCACAAAAUAGGGAACACAAGAUUGUACACGUCUCCACAAGAACAUUUCUAUAGAUGAAUACGUCUCCACAAGAAUUUCACGAAAUAGAUAUAUGGAUUUUACUCAAAAACUAGGAAUUUCC